AUGCCUGACAAGUUCGAAGCUCUCAAGGCAGAGUUCCAGUCCAGACCUAAUGUCCACAUUCUCGAAAACGGUCACUUUGUCUCACGCAGCAGCGACUGGAUCAUGUAUUCUGUGCCUGCCGCAAACAUUGACUCAAGUGUAGCGAAGUUUGGGCCUUCCACCAAGAUGGGUGCCAUCGUAGGUGGUCAGACAUCGACCAAAGCUCCCGAGAUCGAAGCGUUCGAGAAACACCUUCCCCGAGACGUCGAGAUCGUGUCUUGCCACUCUCUCCACGGCCCUGGUGUGAACCCGAAAGGCCAGCCACUCGUCAUCAUCAACCAUCGUGCCUCGGAGAAGAGCGUAGAUCUGGUUCAGCGCAUGUUGUCCAGCUUCGAAUCGAAGUUUGUGCCUCUGACCGCGGAGAAACACGAUCGUAUCACUGCCGACACUCAAGCUGUCACCCACCUCGCCUUCCUUUCCAUGGGUACUGCGUGGCAAGCGAAUAACCAAUUCCCAUGGGAGACAGAACGAUACGUGGGAGGCAUUGAGAAUGUCAAGAUCAAUCUCAUGAUGCGCAUCUAUGCCAACAAGUGGCACGUGUAUGCGGGACUCGCCAUCCUCAAUCCUGCUGCCAAGAAGCAGAUUCGGCAGUACGCCGAGUCUGUCACUGAAUUGUACAAGCUCAUGCUCGCUGGUCACCGCAAGGAACUACGUGAGAGGAUCCAUGCCGCGAAGGAUGCAGUCUUUGGCGCCCCGAAACCCGACGACGAUGUCUUGCUGCAGGACGAACUCCUUGACCGCUUCAGCCUUGGUGACAAGCCCGCACAACGUGUCAAGAACAAUCACCUAAGUCUGUUGGCCAUGGUCGACUGUUGGUGGAAGCUUGGCAUCGUACCUUACGACCAUAUGAUCUGCAGCACACCACUCUUCCGCCUCUGGCUGGGCAUCACCGAGUACGUCUAUCGCAACGAGACACUACUGGAGGAGUGCAUAACGACUGCAAUCGAGGACCAGAGCUUCCGUGCGGACGAUCUGGAGUUCACGUUCGCCACCCGCGACUGGAGUGAGAGGGUGCAACUUGGACACAUGGAUGGUUAUCGUGAGAAGUUCGAGAAGAUUCAAGCCUACUUCGCACCAAGAUUUGCAGAGGCUAACAAGAUUGGAAAUGAGAUGAUCAAGACGAUUGAAGAGAGCUUGAAGGCCACAAGAAAGAAUGGACUUGCAUGA